CUGUCACAGUGCUAGAUGGUGCUGCUAGAACUGCUGAGGAAAAAGCCAUCAACAGUGCAAACAAACAACGACCCGCAAGCUACAAAGUCAUCAGCCAGGCAAGAUGUGCCUAGGGGCGCAGUAGCGGCAUAUGAUUUUCCACCAACUGUAGAUACUAUGAUUUUAUUUCCAGAAAUAGAAAAUGGUGUAUGUGUUUUUCCAUUCUGGUAUAGACAUGAACGGUUUUACGACUGCGUCAAGUUCAAUGCGAAACACAAGUGGUGCUCGUUAAACAGCACUUUCAAAGGAUACUGGAAGUAUUGUUCUCAGGCAGACUUUGCUACGUGUGCAUUUCCUUUCUGGUUCAGACGCGUGAUCUACUGGGAAUGCACUGAAGACGAAGCUUCACUUUGCAGAUGGGGAUGA